AUGGCACACCUUGCGCAGCUGGCGGCGUUGACAGACGAACUUGUUGCGGCCAUCCUUGCCAUCUCUGAGCGAAUUUCUUACCGCGAUUCUGUCUUGCGCAGUCUACGCAGUCAUACUUUCACUCGCACGAACCAAUUCGAGGUUGAGGACCGCCUAAACGGGCUCGAGGAGCGGUUCUCCGUCGUCGGCCGAGAUGGUUUGUCAGAGGCUUUGCGCACACGACGGAGCGCAUAUGAAGCCCAUCAAAAUCAGUUCACGCCCGAAGUUCUGCAUUUCCUCUUAGAACUCGCUGAUCAACCAGCGCAAAAGUCCAAGCUCAGCGACUUGGACGCCCUCAUCGAGCCCGAGGAGGACGCCCCACCACCAAUAACCUGGCGUGACUUUGCUAGGGAAGAUGGCUGGAAAGAGGAAAGGGACAUUUGGAGAUCCAUCGACUAUUCUCCCGGCUCUAGCGACGAAGAGGAAGUGGAUCGACAGUCCGAGGCAUCUGUCGAGUCUCUCACCACUUCCUCCUCCAUAGACGACCAGCACCGCCGCACAGCACAAGACUUGGCCACCAAGUCUCAAGGAAUCGAGCCGUUGAAGCAAGCCCAAGAGGACCAGGCUUGGAGAGAUGCCUCUGCGCUGGAUGGCGAUGGAAGAUCUAGGAAGAUUCCCAUCUCAACGAUCCAGUUGCUCCGCGAGGCCCUCUUCAUGCUGGCUGGCCUUGAGACCAGCUUAUUCGAUUUCGAAUGCAACCCAAUCACGAGAUACCAGCUUCGGGGGGUCUCAUGGGAUUCUUACAAGGCGCUCGUUACAUCCUUUUCUGAAUGUGGUCGGAAACUCGCACCCUUGCGGGUCUAUGUGGAAAAUAGGGAGCAGUCACCCCUCUUGCAGGUCUUCCGGGCCUGCCUACAAAAAGCACUGCAUCAUCUUGACUUAGAGCUGUCCUUGAUCCAGACCAGCCUUGUCGCCAUCAAAGAAGACGUUGUCGUUAGCCUGAUUGGGGUGCUCGGUGAGCUGGGCCCGAAACUAGCGCCACUUUAUGGACUGGCAGAUAUUGUACGCCAGGUCCAACAAGAGCGGAACCCCCAUGCCUUUCGAUACCUCGAACUUUUAUACGACGCGGCGGGGAUAGCCCAGUUGCAAGGCAGCACUGCCACCUACCGAUUACUCGGGACCAUUUUCUUCGACUGUUUUCAGGUCUACCUGAAACCCAUCCGGCUGUGGAUGGAGGAGGGAAAGCUUCUGCCUGGCGACCGGACCUUCUUCAUAUCGGAGUCGCCAGCAAAGCUGCCACUGUCCCAAAUAUGGAAAGGCCAGUUCAACUUGCUGCGCUCUCCCGAGGGCAAACUUCACGCUCCCCGGUUCCUUGACCCCUCAAUCCACCAGAUCUUUGAAGCAGGCAAGAGUAUUGUCGUGUUGAAGCACAUGAAGCAACAUGAGUCAACCAAGAAAUACCGAGCCACGGCUGAACCGAGUAUGGAUUUUGCAACAGUUUGUCCUGAUGGGUUUGAAUUCGCGCCCUUCAGCGAGCUAUUCGGCGCUGCGUUUCAGGCAUGGAUCCAGAGCAAACACCACUCUGCAGCCGCAACACUCCGUGAACUUCUCUUCAGCUCGUACGGCCUAUUCGAAAGUUUAGACGCCCUACAACACAUAUACUUGAUGUCAGACGGGUCAAUGUCAAACUCUUUUGCCUCGUCCGUCUUCCGACGUCUCGACGCGCUGAACAACAGCUGGCAGGACCGUUUUACUCUAACCGAGGUCGCCCAGGAGGCCUUCUCGACUUGUCUAGACAGCUACCGACUCUCCGCCAACAUCGACCCACGUGGCCUCGGGCGCAGCGCACUCGUCGCUCGAAGCUCCGUCCGCCACAGCCUCCCUUUCAUCCGUCUGAACUACCGUCUCAGCUGGCCGGUACAGAUCGUCGUCCCAGAAGAGGACAUUCAGGGCUACCAAACCCUCUUCACCUUCCAACUCCAAACCCAACGAGCGCUCUCCCUCCUCCAAUACCCCAUCCUCCCCUCUCAGCGCGGCGGCGCCGACAUGGCGCGCUACUACCUCCUACGAAGCAAACUCCUCUGGUUCAGCAACACCAUCAAAACUUACCUAACCACCCUCGUCCUGGCACCCAACACCGCCCGGCUGCGCGCCGACCUCGGCGACGCCACCGCGGACGUCGACGACAUGGUGGCUGCGCACGCCGCCUUCAUCGCGCGUCUCAUCAGCGAGUCGUGCCAGGGCCCCAAAUUGCAGCCUAUCCGCGACGCCGUGCUCGACGUCUUCGACCUGGCCAUCCGGCUGGAGGACGCGCACCGCGCAGACUCAACGCGCCGUGAGGAGGAGGCUAUGGAGGUCUCGAGGCUGUCGGUCAUGAGCUCGCCUUAUAAGGCGUCCCCUGCCAAGGUGGGGAGGCCGGCGAAGCGGAGGAGGGUGGAUGAGGAUGAUGAUGAGGAUGAGGACGGGGAGGGGGGGAAGGCUGGUGGGGAGAUGGCGCGGAGGGGGGGGUGGGGUGAUGACGCGGGGAAACCGUAUGCGACGGUGUUGAGGGAGUUACGUGGGGAUUUUGAGCGGCACUUGAGGUUUGUUGCCGGGGGCCUGAGGGGGGUGGCUAGGGCGAGUAGGGAUGAGGCGGCUGCGAAGUGGGACCUGCUAGCUGAGAUGCUCGAGGUUGGGAUAAAGGAGUAG